GUCCACCCGGAAGAGCUGGAGGAAGGCAUUUUGCAUUACAUGCAGAGUCUGAGCUGAUCUACCCAUCACUGCUGUGUAUAUUUAGCUCCAGUUGCUGCAGAGGAGGAGGAGGGACCUCAGUAUCGUAGAAAGCAAAUCAGCUGUAGUAGGGACAAGGGAAUGAAGAAGAGAGAAGUUAAAUCAGCUCUAUAGAGAGGUUUGAUCACAAAGCUGCCAAGGCUCAGCAGCCUGUCCACAUCCUUUUUCUCUGAUGAUGGAGACUCUGGAAGAAAGUGAACUCUGCUUUCCACAACUCUUCAACACCUCUUGUAGGAAGCUAAAACGCCCACACACUGAGACAGUGUUUAUCUAUGCACUGCUGGCCUUCAUUUCUCUGCUCACUACCACUCUCAACCUGCUGGUCAUCAUCUCCAUCACCCAUUUCAAGCAGCUCCACACUCCUACCAACUUCCUCAUCCUCUCCUUGGCUGUCUCAGAUUUCUUCGUGGGCCUCCUGAUGUCCUUUCAGAUUCUCCUCACAGAUGGCUGCUGGGUUCUUGGUGACCGCAUGUGUGCUUUGUUUUGCAUUUUAGAUUUCAUUAGCACUUCUUCCUCAGUAGGAACCAUGGUCCUCAUAUCAGUUGACCGCUAUGUAGCUAUUUGUGAUCCUCUGCAUUACUUCAGUAAAAUUACUGUGAGAGAAGCAACAAUCUGUAUUUGUCUUUGUUGGGUCUGCUCUGUUCUAUACAACGGUCUCAUAAUGAAGGAGAACUUGAAACAACCAGGCAGGUAUAAUUCCUGCACUGGAGAGUGUGUGGUUGUCAUUAACUACAUUGCAAGUGUUGCUGACCUUAUUUUGACUUUUAUUGGUCCUGUCACUGUCAUCAUAGUUCUGUAUAUGAGAGUAUUUGUUGUGGCUGUGUUUCAGGCUCGUGCCAUGAGGUCUCACAUUACAGCUGUCACACUAUCAGAGACUGUGCCUGCUAAGAAAUCAGAGAUGAAAGCAGCGAGGACUCUUGGCAUCAUUGUUAUUGUGUUUCUGAUAUGCCUUUGCCCAUAUUACUGUUCCUCUCUUGUAGGCCAGAACACGUUGUUUAGCAUUACAUCUGUGCCCUUAGAAACCUGGCUCUUCUAUAUUAACUCUUGUUUAAACCCAUUAAUCUAUGCUUUUUGCUAUCCUUGGUUUAGAAAAUCAAUUAAACUCAUUGUAACAUUUAAGAUACUUCAUCCUGACUCCUGUGAGGCCAACAUAUUGUAGAGACAGACAUCUUUUCUGUGAAAAAUAAAUCAAGGUUUGGUUAAAUGUUUAUUUAUGUCAUUUAAUUUACAAAUCACACUGGCCUGUGCAAAUGUAAAAUAUGUCACUUGUAUUUUAUAACGCUCAUAUCACAGAAAUAUAGAGAAGGUGUGAUUAUGUGUCAUGCUCUUCAUUUUUUAUAUACAGUUACUUCCAUAUACUGUGUAACGUACUACUACUUUCAUUGUCUGCCUUUCAUGGUCACCUGUUAACUCUAGCUCAUACACAUCCUCUGUGUUAUAUGCAUGAUAUAGCUUGUUGUGAGUGAGAGGGCUCUGUAUUAGUCAAAUAUUGAAAAACGAAUUUCAAAUUUAUUUUCAAGAUAACCCCAAUAUCGAUUUGCUCAAAAUAAAUUUCAACCAAAAGCAUCAAUUUUUGGUAAUAAACCCAUGAAGGUAACAUUUUAAUGUGCUUUAUGAGCACACUUUAAACUCUUUGGGUGGUUUCAAACAAACUCAAGUUUGUUUACUUGGUUACUGUGGUUUGUUUGAGCUGAUGUGAAAGCUGUCAGUCAAACCCUGGUGCAAACCAAACAACUAAACCUGAACUGCUUCAAUAGGUGAUUCUGAAGAGUUGACCAAUGACUGCAUGGUAAUAAGCCACAUUGCUUUGCUGUACAAGAUGCCUUGUUACUUCCUCAUUCUAUGUAUUCAUAACAUGCUGCUGAUUUACAGAGUAAUAACACUGAUAAUGUUUAUAGUUAUUCCUUUGUCAGCUCUUUGUGACACCAAAGAACAUAAGUACACACAUCAGAAAUCCAACACGACUCGGUUUAGAUGUGCAAUCAGCUUCUGUUGGUUGGAGAAGGCAAAAUGUGGUUCCAUAUGUAUGUAUGUACUAAAUGCACAGUUUCAUGUGGUAACCGAAAUUAUAACCUGAAAAUUGGAUCUGAACAGCAUAAGAUAAAGAAUUCUGAUAAAUGUCAUAGUGAACUGACUUUUUAACUGCAUUAUGAGACUGAAACAUUAUAUUUAUUAAAAACAUAAAUGUGGUGUAUGUAUUAACAGGAAAGUGCUGCAUUUAAAAAUAAUCAUUUAAUACUGUUGAAAUCCUACUGUAAAGUGAAUGCAGUCAUUCACAGGCUGCCUUGUCUAGUUAUUCCUAACCUAAAUUAUAUUUCCUCAUUAUGUACAAUGUGUGUCACUAGAUUUCAUUCAUGAACAAAUGCUGUCAUAAAUGUCUCUUGUUUGCAAAACUCCUCAUUGUACUUGAAACUUGAUGUCCUAAGGACUGCCUUAAGAGUUAACCAAGUGGAAACAUCCCGAAUAUCCAGUCCCGUGAUUUUGCAGUACCAGUGGAGGUCACAUUGAGCAUUUCAGAUAUAUUGACAUCUUUGGCUCUUUGUGAGUGAACUGAUGUGUAUGGUGAAAUCGAAAAGAGAUGAGCAGAUGAUACCGAAACUCAGAAGGUUGUGUCAGUCCCGUGACAUGCACACUUUCAGUGCAUCAUGCAGGAGCUUGUGUCAUAUAAAGCCAAUUUCUGUUCGACCAGCAGUCUUGACAGGUUGAGGAGACCAACCUUUACCACAGCCUAUCUCUGCACACUAGGUAUGCCCAGGUCAUAAA